UUGGCGGCACUUUAAACGUUUGUUUGCGGACCGCCAUGAAGAAGAAGAAAACAUCGCCAACAACACAACGUCAAUACCGGAAACACUACACGAACAAAGAGGACGAACAACACGAGACUCAGUCGUGUUGAUUGUGCUGUGGACAAACUACGCAAUUCUUCUCUCCUCCUGGAUCCCAAUGAUCCCAUUGUUGGACAGACCUUCACCUUGUCAUCAUCGACUAAUGGGACAAUGGAAGAAGAGAGCCAGGACUGUGUCAGAGUGUCUGACAGCUCAGCUGAGGCCAUGUAGGAGUUAAGCAUCACAGAGUGUAGAGUAGUGGACCAGAGCCUGUGUACUACUGAUCCUCCCAUGAGAUCUCCUGAUAACUUUGAACCAGGUGUCUAUGAUCCUGAGGGCAAGGGAGAAUAUCGGUUCCAGUGCCCCAGUGCAGGUCUGUUCCAGUGCAGUAUAACAGGCCUGGUGUUCAGGAUGGAGGGAGAAGGAGAGGUGCUCUAUAGGACAGUCCACUGGGACAGGAGGCUUCUAUCCCAGAGAAGCAAGAGGCCUGCAGGACCCCUGUUCAUGUUUAGAUGCCUUAAGGGGUCUGUCUGUCAACUACACCUUCCACACUGUGAGAUUCCUUCUGAGGGUGGAUGUGACUUCCUGUCUGUAGCCCAUGUGACUGAUGAUGACAGUAUGGAGUUUCUCCUUCCCCAUGAGGCAACAGAAUCUCACGUCAUAUUAAACAUCACUGGAUUCAGCAAAUAUGGCAUCACCAAGGAGCAGGAAGCUCCUGUCUCUCCUAUCCGUGCUCUGGUGCUACUAUUUUACAAACUCCCAGAUGAUAACAAUAGUUCCACCCUAAAUGUGUUGUUGCUGCCCAGAAAUGUUGACAUUGAUGAGGUGUGUAAGACCAGGAGGACAAGGAAUGGAGACAGAGAAAUCUACAUUGAAAUAAAUCCUAACUGUAGACUAACCCCGGACCAAGAAUACACCCUCUCCACCGAUCUAACAGAUGAACAUCACAUAGAUCCAAAGGAAGCAGAGUUUGUGGAUUAUGAUUCCUAUACAAACUACAUGCCGACAUUUCAGUUGCGUUUAAAAACUGUUGUUGAAGAAGUGGAUCUUCUUCUGGAAGAACAUGGCGGUCCUGAAAAUGAACGUGUAUGGGACUCAGAGAGAGUAGGAGUUACAAUAGAACUAGUUGUAAUUAGUAGUUGUAGUAAAUUAAAGUAUAUGGGACCGCCUUGUUUCACUACCAGCCUCACCAACAGAAGUGAAGUCUGCAGUCUCCGCAACAGAAGUUCCCUCUUCAGUUACACCACCAGGUGGCGCUACAUCAGGGACAACAAAGGUUCAUUUUCUGCUGUUGGACACUAUGGAAAAGCUGAGUCGAAGCGACCUGAAGAAAUUUCAGUGGUACCUGAUUAAGGGUGUGGAGGGCUUCUCUUCCAUCUCAGAGGGCCAGCUGGAGGAUGCUGACAGGCUGGUCACAGUGGAUAGGAUGGUACAGAACUACUGUGAUGAGGGAGCUGUGAAGAUCACACUGGAGAUCCUGAGGAAGAUGUACCAGAACAA